GCAGUUCAUUUACGUUAUCGGAUUUUCACGGUACGAAAGGAUCGCUUUUGUUCCGUGGAAAACCGUCAUGUCAAAAUUGACAUGAUUUCUCAUCUAAAAUAGAAGAGCGAAACCACUUUACGUGCAUGAAGCUGCAGCACGAAUGCUUUGCAUGCAGUUGUUUGAUUCGCAGGCUACGACGAAGAGGGUGGAUCGCAAGUGGGAUGUACUUUCGAAUGUUCCUCGGUCUGCAAUUAAUUAUUGCCUCUUGUGCCGAUAAUACCGAUUUCAUUCGGGACUACUUUCUUUUUAAGAAGAUCAACAGAGUCGCCGGAUUCUCUUGCGGGAAUCCUGAAAACGAUUUCAAGACAGCCAAAGUAUUGAACGAUGCUGGGAUGACAGUCUCGUUGACGCGGUUUGGAUCAAACAUCGAUUUGUUGCGUUUUCUUUGGACGGAAUACGGAAACUUAGGUGUUUUUCUGGAUUUAGGAUGUUCGGAUGAAGACGAUCAUGUCUCGAACAUAUACGACGAAGUAACUGAAACAAACUCGUGCGCUUUUCUUUAUUGUCAGGCUUCGGCUCAAUAUUUAUUCGAGCACCUGCAUCAUUGGUUAAUCCUGGAAGAGGACGGAAAGAAUUUGACGGAAACCGCGCAAUUAUUGAACGAGAGUACUUUCAGCGUGAUCACCAAUUUUAUGAUCUCUAUACGUAACGAUGAUGGCUACGCACUGUACGACGUUUACAAUCAUUGCAAACACUGCGGUGGCUCGCUCAUUAUCACAGAAUUUGGUACGUGGACAAAUAACACUGGCUUAAGCGUUAAUUUGUUAGACGACACGUUCUCCAGAAGAUGGAACCACCACCAAAUAAAGGUGAAGGCUGCUGGCGUUGUAAGUAUCGUCGUAGGUACUGUAGGAAACAGGCCGAAGGAUCAUGAUCUGAUAACGUAUCUUCAAGAACCGAAUGUAGUGCCGCUAGAUAAUUGGGCAAGAUUCGGCUUUGCUCUCACGGUACACAUGGCUGAAAUGUUCAAUUUCACCCUCGACGUAAUAGAACUGAAUUACUGGGCGAAACAUGAUAAGAACGGCCCAUUGAUGAAUGGUCUGAAACAGCGGAAAUUCGAUUUGGGAUUUUUUCCGUCGAUUGUAACGAAAGAAAGACUUGCAUACGCCGAUGUAGCGCUGCAAGUUUGGCCCGCUAGAACCUGCUUCAUGUUUCUCACUGUGCCAUCGCUGAAAAGUAAAUUGACUACGGUCUUUCGGCCAUUCGAAGCAAGCGUCUGGUGCACGAUUUUCGCCUUGUCGAUCCUGAUAAUAUUCGCAUUAUGGUUGAUUUGGAAAUUAGACAAUAAUUCCAAUAAUGGGGAAAGCGUUUUUGUUCUCAUUGCCGCGAUAUGUCAACAAGGACUACCGUUUGAAAGCAAACAGUUUGCCGGUCGCAUUGCUUUACUGCAAACUAUGAUUUUCGGUCUGCUUGUAUAUAAUUGUUAUUCAGCGGCUAUGGUAUCAAGUCGACUAAAUAUUCCUUUGGACAAACUGAACGAUUCCUUGUACUCGCUGGUGAAAAGCAAGCUGAAACUCUCGGCUCGCAAAGAGAUCUUCUUCAACAUCCUAAUGAGUUCUGCAGACCCCGAGGUUGAAUAUUUUAAAAGACAUUGGGAAAAUAUACCGGAGGAGAAGAGAUUUCAAGAGUUGCAGGAUGGUAUAACAUCUGUUAUGUCUCCUGGACACGCAUAUCAUGCGAAUCCCGUCGAUGCCUAUCCAGUAAUUGAACGUCUGUUUACCAAACAAAUGAUCUGCCAGCUCACCGAAAUACAUUUGCUUCGACCUUCUGUAUUGGCCAUCUGGUUCAUGCGGAACGGUCAGUUCCGGGAGAUAUCAAAAAUAGGAUUAAUAAGAAUGACUACUGCGGGAAUUCGAAACAGACAGAUACACCAAUGGAGUUCAAGGAAGCCAUUUUGCGAACAAAAUAAACAUUAUGUAUCAAGUGUAACUAUUCUUGAGACAACAUCGAUCAUAAUAUUGUUACUCGUUGGUGUAAUAUUGUCUGUUAUAAUUUGUAUGAUCGAGAACGUUGUUUUCCGUAUGUCCCAAAGAAAAUUAGUAAAAAUAACAACAUCAAAACAUUCGAAGAAAAUUCAGCAUCAGAAUAAAGCAGUAGAUAAACAGAAACCUGCACCGAGAACAAAACUAAUUACAACUUCAAUUAAAAAGUAAUAUCUUCUUCAUUAAUUGAUUCGUUUUCAUGCCAACGUUCUGGACUCUAGACUAAUCGCUAUAGUAGGGUAUAAAAUAGAAAAUUGUAACAAUUUCUUCAUUUUACUGAUGUAUAAAUUAAUUUUAUUAAAUAAAAUGUGUUAA